AUGGGUGACGAUCUCUCCUUUGAAGAGGAGCUUUUGCUCCAGGUUGCAGGUCGAAGCAGACCGAGUGCCAAAUCGCAAGGCAAGAAGAGGAACAGGAGGGCUGUGAGCAUCUCAGAGGACGACGGUGAAGAGUUUAACAGCGACAGUAACGAUGAAAGUGAGGACAAACCGAGCCAAGAGAAGGGAAGGCGUUCCUCUGGAGUGCAGAACAAGAAGAGCAGAAGUGCACCACAGGAGGAGGAGCAGGUCUCUGAUGGAGGCGAGUUCGACGAUGGCUAUGGCUCUGACCUCAUGGGAGAUGAGGAAGACAGGGCCCACCUGAUGGGUAUGAACGAGCUGCAGCGUGAGAUGAUCCUGGCUGAGAGAGCAGAGAAGCGUGACCUGGAGCGAGAGCGCCGUGAGCGCCUGCGCAAUGCCAAGCUUGUCAGGCAGAACCAGCAAGCAUCGCAGCAGACCCUGCAGCCCCGGGCAUCCACCCGCGCCAAACAACAGGCAGGCAGCGCCAAGAAGAGCGCCAUGGCAGAGCUUGUGGCCGCCAAGGCGGCGCGGGCAGAGCGCACCACCGCCCUCGACAGGGAGAGGAGGCGGCGCGGGAGGGACUCCUCAUACAGCGAGGAGGAGGAGGCGCGGCUGAGCGACAGCGAGGCUGACAGGUCAGCGCGCAGCAGCCCCGACCGCAGCAGCCCCGACCGCGGCGCACGCUCUGACGAUGACGACCGCCGCCGCCGCUACAGCCGCAGCGAGUCCGACUCCGACGAGGAUGCCGAUGCGCGCUCCCAGGAGGCUGAUGAGGCGGAGGAGGCGUCGAUGGAGGAGGCGCUGAGGAUGCAGGUGCGGCGCUCGCUGCUAGAGAAGUGGCUCAACGAGCCCUUCCUGGAGAAGACCGUGGUGGGCUGCCUGGUGCGCGUGUCCAUGCGAGGGGCCUACAUCCUGGCAGAGGUCAUCGGUGUCGUGGAGCGCGAAGCUGGCACCUACAAGGAUCCUCAGUUCGCCUUCAAGAGCCCCUACAAGACCCCCGAGGGCAAGCUGACCAACAAGUGGCUGCUGAUGCAGCACGGCACCUCCCAAAGGUACAUGCCCAUUGCGCUGGUGUCCAACAAGAAGUUCACAGAGGAUGAAUGGCGCAAGUGGCACACGCAGUGCGAGAAGGAUAACCGCCCCCAGCUUAGCACCGGUGAUGUGCAGUCUGCCGUUGCGCGCUUCAAGCAGGCGCUCACCUACACCUACACUGCGGAGGACGUGCAGAGGAUGAUAGAGGAAAAGCGCGCCAGGGGAACUUUUGGGCGCAACUCUGCUGUGGAGAAGGCGCGCCUCGAGCGCCUGCGCGACGCCGCUAUGGACCAGGAAGAUCUAGAAGAAGCCCAGAGGCUUUCUGAUCAGAUUGCCGAGCUGGAGGCGGCUGCGGCGGAGCGUGCGGCUGAAAGGCGCAAUGUUGGCAUGGCGAGCGUGAAUCGCAGGAACACAAACCGCAAUUUUGAAAACGCGUUCAAAAAUGUGGGCGCGCGGCCAGAGGGGGCGCGGCUGGCCGACGACGGCACCGACCCCUUCUCGCGGCGCAAGACCCGCCCCAUGAACUACUGGAGCACCAAGCGCAAACAGGCCACCACCAACGGAGAGGUGGACGGCCUGUCAGUGGCGACAUCUUCCCAUGGCGCUGAUGGUGAGGACGGCGAGCCUGAGACACCGGCAGCUCGCGCCACAGAGAAUGAGCAGGGUGAUUUGGAUGUGAACAUUGACCUGUCAGUGCUGAAGUUGGCCAGCCAUCGGAAGUCCAUGGCCAGCCAGUUGCUGGGACCCAAUUGGCAGAUAUCCUCCUGCGCGCACUCCAAGCAACCUCCAGACCUUGCUGCGCGCAAAAUGCUCACACUGGCGGACUACAAACGGAGACAGGGCAUAAUCUAGGAAGUCAUUUCUUCUAUACCUAAACAUCUGAUCCUGUCGCUCAGGCGCACAAAAUCACUUUUUUAAAUGGGGCGCUUGGCUGCAAGUAUAUGUGCAGAGAGUUUCGUACGUCUCAGCGGCAUUGCGUGCACUAUCUCACGAUUUGAUGCUGAGAUGGGGUGAAGCUGCUACAUUACAGUGGUAGUGGUCAUGGGACAGACUGCCAUUGAGUGCUGCUGGUGCUCUGUGCAUGCUACUUUUCUGUGGCACAUGCAGUAAGGAGCUGGCUCUGCAUGCGGUUUUCUCAGUCUUGUCCGUCUUACGAUCAAGAUCUUGCGCAGAGUUAAUGCAAAUUUGUAAAUUGCGAUGCCAG